UGCACCUCGCAUACCAAGCCGUAAAAUGAUACAUUUUACUCAUCGACCUUUUGAAUGGCCUCUUGUUUUGUCUGGUUUUGAAUUCUUGGAGGCACUCCACGCUAUCUAAGUUUGGUCCAGUGAACAAGAUACAUACAUAUAAGAGCCGAGUGUUUCGCACAGAAAAUUGUCAUUCUUUUGCUGAAGUUACAUUUACGAUGUGGGCAGACCUGCUGCUUUAAACCAUUAGCAAACAUAAAUCAGUCGUCUAUAAGCAUAUUAUUGAAAUGGUAGAUUUUUGGCUAUCACUUUACUGUGCGGCGAUAUUGCUGCCAAUCGUUUGGGCAGACGGUAACGAUCACAUCCACAUUAAACUUCAUCUCCCAGAAUUGCGGAAGAAGCACACUCACGUCAAAACUGUUUACAAGCACCAUUUCCAUCCGAAGAAAAUAACACACUCGUUUGGAAAUAAGAUUGAACUUGAUGGCAGCUAUUCCAUGUUGAAUCCACUAUUUACUUUGCCAAAAGCAGGUCCAUAUUCCCAGUUUGAGCUCCCAAGCACUUCAUGGUUGCCCGAAAAGGUCGUUGUCGAUCCACCACUCAAACCGCAAUUUAAGCCCUUGAGUUUAAACAAUAAUUGGCCUACGAAAAAUUCCUUCUUGAGGUACUUGCAUUCGCAAAAACAGCUUCAUCCACAAGUUCAACCUGAAAUGGGCGAAGACUACAGCAGUGAUGGAAAAUUUAGUGAGGAUGUGAAAAAUUACGACGAUGACGACGAGGACGAGGAGUAUACAAUGACUGAGGAUUCUAUUAACGAACAGCCUCUUGCACUACAAAUGCAAUUGGGAAAUUCAGCACGGCACGAAAGCGCUUCACAGCUUAACGGCGGAACACAAUGGAGUGGACCAAUCGGCUUCCCAAGUUCUCAAGCAGAAAAUCUCCAGUGGACGCAACAUCUCAACAAUGGUAAUUAUUUCACAGAAUCCGAAAUAGAGGAUAUGCAGCGUUAUCAAAACUACAAAAACAUGCAACAAUUGCAAGCAAAUUCCGACUUUGAGCCUGUCUUCACGACGAUGAAAUCAACAAAACCAACAAAUAAAGGAAGAAAUAAGAAAAGGAAGCGUUUGAAUGCAAAUAAAAAGGUCAAUAACAAUUUCGUCUAUACUUCUCACUAAAGAUUCACACAUUACUAGAUUACUAGAAGACCGGGUGUAUAAA